UGGUUUUCUGUCAUCUGUCAGUGUCAGUUCAAUCAUUUUCUAUUAUUUUGUCGAAUUUGAAGAAUUGCAUUAUAUUUUGGAAAAUUGUAAAUAUUUUAAAUCGACCGAAAUUUCGUCUGUAAACCUAUCAUCUAGUAUAAGAAUAAGACGAUUUCUCAGUUAAUCUUGCACUCGAUAUGAAGGGCACCAGAUUUUGAAGGAUGAAGGAAAUACACUUUCUUUUUUACAAUUAGUACAGUUCAAGAAAACUUCCACAUUCCAAGAGAGCUACAGAGUGAAAUCGAAAAUAAUUACAGACAAAUUGGGGCAAUGAGUAAACUGUCACGAAAACAUACCAGCGCUACCGCUAGGCUCAGACAAGAUUACCUCAGAUUGAAAAGGGACCCAGUGCCCUAUAUAACUGCCGAACCUCUUCCUUCAAAUAUUUUGCAAUGGCAUUAUGUUGUUUGUGGACCAGAAAACACUCCGUAUGAAGGAGGCUACUAUCAUGGAAAACUAGUGUUCCCACGCGACUUCCCAUUCAAACCCCCUUCAAUAUAUAUGAUAACUCCAAAUGGACGCUUCAAGACCAACAAGAAACUCUGUUUGAGUAUAUCAGACUUUCAUCCAGACACCUGGAACCCAGCUUGGAGUGUUUCUACAAUCCUCACGGGGCUUCUGAGUUUCAUGCUUGAAAAAAGUCCUACUUUGGGCAGCAUAGAAACAACAGACUACGAUAAGAGACAAUUUGCUUAUCUGUCUCUGGAAUACAAUUUGAGAGAUAGGCAGUUCUGUGAUCUAUUCCCCGAAACGGUAUCAACAAUUCAGAGCGAGAUAACGAAAAGAAACGCUACCCAGAAAGUGGCGAUGGAGACUCGGAAAUCUACAGAAGCUGAGGCCCAACCUAGUAGCAUACAGUCCUGCAUAACUAACCUAUGUGUUAUAAUUGGCGUUGCAGCGUUUGCAUUCACUGUCAAAUACGUCAUGAAAACGACUGCCUCUGAAUCCGAAUAAUUUAUUUAGUUCUUAUUAUUGUUUGAGUUCCGUGAAUCCACAUUGUUUUAAGUUCAAAGAGUAUUGCUGGAGAACUUGUCUGAGGGAGGAGACCAUUGGUUUUUCUAUUGAAUGGAGGCGGUUGUUAUACAGGGUACUUCAGUUGUCUGAGAAUUUUUUUUUUUUUAAAUAUAAUGGCAGUUGUGAUGAAUGAGAUUUUUUCAUUCAUAUAACUUUCAAAAUAAUUGAAAUGACAUUCAUUUUAAAAGGAUUUUUGCACAGAUUAUAAUUUGGUUGCUCUGUACAACAUCUGGCUCAUCUCUCAGAGACGUGUCUUUUUCUUUUCAGUAUUCAGUAUUUCUUUUCAGGUCAUGUAAGAUUCUUUACGAAAAACGUGAAACAGUUGCAGAUAAAUUGUAAUUUGUAUCACAGUUUUGAUAAUUUCCUUGUAUAUAUAAUAGCAAUAUUUUCCUGUACAUUAAUGUUAAUAAAACAUUGGAAUAUUUA